AUGGCACUGGAAGAACUGCCCAAUGUGGACAGUGUCGGGGUCUCGAGAUCGGUCUUUGGGGCUGCCAAGAACGGAUUUGUCUACCGCGUCACAUUCGACGGCGCGUAUCUCGUUAGUGGCCGACAAUCGGAUUUAUUGGUGGGGGAUACAACAGGAUGCCAAGCCGUGCAACCUCCGAACCGAGUGUUGUCCUUUGAGGGGGCUCACGUGACGUCAGGCGCUCCUGGAUUUUAUCCAGAAGUGUGGGAGAUUGCGUCGACUGAAAGCUCGGGGGCGAAAGUGCUGGGAGGGACAUUCGAUUUGUCGAUCGGCUUUGAAGGGCAAUGGAUAAACACGAAUCCUGUAGUUACAGCGACUGUGGCUGCAGGAUCGAGGACAGCGAAGACUGUAGGAUCCAUGUUGGGAGUUGUGAAUCGAGGAGAUCGAGUGCGAAUUGGAGGCGAAGAGUUCACGGUUCACGCCACUGCUCCGUUUACAGACUCGGAAUUACCGCUGGAUUCGUAUCACGUUCGUGGAGUUACAGUGGCUACAGCGAUUCAAGUGAUGGAUACGGCGCUGGGCAACGUCCAAGUCUCGAAGACGUCGAAUUUGGUCCCUACGUCCGUCAGUUUCAGCUCUAGAAUUGCAGAUGGAGAACAGGUCCAGAUCGGCUCCAAGGUGUUUAAAGUGGCGAAUGUUGGGUCCACUAGUUUCACUUUGGAUUCGCUAUGGACGGACGAUACGACGCUGCAUGUAACAGCGUUCGCGCGGAAGAAAGCGACGUUGAGUGUGAAUGCGGAGGCAGCGGAGAUGAAGCGAGCGCUAAGUGCCUUGCCCGGCGUCGGGACCAUUGACGUGUCGCGUAUCGGCCCCACCAAGGCGAACGGAUAUCGCUGGUAUGUUACGUUCCAGUCUCUCGACAGUGUGCGUCUUCGAGUCGACAAGAAGACGGGAACCACGGACUUUGUUGAUGUGUACGGCGUCGCCUGUGUCACGUGUACAGUGACAGCUUCAGUCGUACAAGAUGACACGCAGACGACGACUCUGGCGGAGAUUAAGGGCGAUUAUUCCGCCAACGCAGUGGUGGCUUCAACCGAAGUUGGCGGAGUGGUGCAAGAAGUGCAGACGAUCUCGACGAAGGCAAGUGCCGACAACAUCAGUGGAUAUUUCACAGUCAGCUUUCAGUCCGUAGGUGGAGCAGUGAUCAACUUUGACGACACUGCAGCUGAUGUCCGGACCAAGCUUCAGAGUCUAGCUACUAUUGGACGACUGAACGUGACAAGAAGUGAGAAUUCUGACUUCGGAGCGACUUGGACGGUCACUUUUCUGUCGAAUAUGGGUGACUUGCCACUGCUUGUGGUUACUGCGAAAACGUUACUGAAAGGGACGGGAGUGAAUGUUGUGGUGCAAGAAAUAGUAAAAGGUGUGGAUGUCGCGUUGGAAACAAUUAUUGACGGACUGGAUCCAGGGCAGAACUACUACGUGCGUGCAUUUGCUCGGAACGAGAAUGGCUAUGGAGCGAGUACUACCGACUUGCAGCAGCGUGGACGAGGUGCAUUACCGCUUUUAACAGCCGUAUCGACGUCUCCUGACCCACCAGGUAUCAAUGGAAUGUGGCCUUUAUCCGGGUCACAACUGGAGCUUCGACUGUCUAACCCAGUGGAUCAUGGCGACUCUGUCUCAAAAUAUUUGUUCGAGUAUGCAGUGGGCGAUUCAUUUGGAAAAGUUGCGACCAAGAAAGUUUUCGUCUUUAAUUCUAUCGAGAACGACAUCACUGGCACCUUCCGCUUACAGUACGGAGACGACGUGACCUCACUGUUGUCUGUACACACCACAGCUAGCUCUCUUCAAAGCGCUCUUAAUAGUCUUUCUUCUGUCCGUCCUGUCUCAGUCUCUCGUGCGCUGUAUGGAGCAGGUAUUGACGUUGGAGGGAAGCGCUUUAUCGUUAGAGUGCAGCCGGUGGAGGGAAGCUCCAGUAUUGACGUGGAGUUAGGACAUGGUGCUCCAGACUUUACAGCGAAUAAGGAUCUACUCAAAUUGGAUAAUUCUGGAAGUGAACGUGGCCCGUAUGGCUACAUCUGGACGAUCUCGUUCGACAAUGACGCAGGGGAUGUGGUGCACGGCAAAUACCCAGGACUGCAGUUUAUUUCUCAGCUCACUUCUAUCGACACGAGUCUAGCGAUACCAGUUAGCUCAUACGGCGUUGAGCUCGGUAAAACUGGUAUUCCAGCCGAUCAUUACGGCUUCUUUGAGAUCAAUAACGACGACAAAGUGUGCGACACGUACGUCGUGGGAGCUCCUUCGUCCGUUCAAGUGGUUCGUCUGUUUGCUCCGACGACAGCUACGGAUGGCUCGCUCAAACUCAAGCUGGGGAGCGAGACGACAGCGGAUUGUAUCACGUUGGGUAAAUCUGGAACAUUGAGUAGUUUGAAAGCGAAUCUGGAAGCUCUAGAUCUGGUUUCGAAAGUGACGGUGGACGAAGUGCGUGCAUUCAAAGUCACAACCACAGCGACAGUCACAGACUAUGAUAAUACCGGGAAACUGACUGUGGUGAGCGCUUUCACUAGUGCCCAAGUGGGUGUGUUACUACAAGACAGCAUCAUCCAAGUGAGUCGGAACCCCAACGAUUUCUCCAGACAUUCGUGUGAAUUUGUCGUCGAUGCUCCGCCUACCGCUGGACUCACGAAGAUUUCUGUCACUCCACGAGGAUCCUGCGAUUAUUUUACUGACGAAGCUCGAGUGUUGAAGAUUUUGGACUUUCACGACUACCACGUGCGUUUCUGGGGCUAUUAUCCGACAGGCGAGUGGCCGACGUUACAGUUCGAUUACAGUGAGUUCGGGAAGGGAACGUGUACGCUAUGGGCACCUCCGAACUUGCAGGUCUACGGACAGAUUCACACCGUAAAGUACGAAGGUGUGUGCUCUAAAGGGCAAGCUGGAGUGCAGACAAUUCUCGCAGAUGCGUCGAGUACGAUCGGGGGCACCUUCACGCUGUCCUAUAUGGGAGAAGUGACGUCGCCUCUGUCGUUUAAAGACACGGGGGCAGGGGAGAUGCGAGAUGCAAUCGACUCCAUCACUGCACCUGGAACUGUGAACGUCAGUGUGAGUCAGUACGGAGCUUACGGCAAGGCAUGGCAUGUUACGUUCUCAAAGCACCAAGACGACGAGGACGACGCCAUUUUCAUCCAACACUCGCGUCUUACAGGCCAAAACGCUCUGAUUAGCGUCUACCCCACCGUUACGGUGUUCACAGAUGCCAAGCGAGAUGACAUCAGCGGCUCAUUCCGGAUCGCAAUUAGUGGAGAAACUACAGAGCCGAUCGGAUUCUCUGCCACGCACAUGAAAGUUACACAGGAACUACAGAAACUUAGCGUCGUGGACUCAGUGGUGGCGCUAGGAGACAAGAGUGCAGGUGAUGUUGGCGCAUACGCGUUAGAGUUGACUGCCGAUGCGACUGCCGGUAGCAGUCUCUUGACCAAUAUCAAGCUUGGUGGUGCGAUGAUAGACCCGACCCGUUUCCUGGCGAUUGGAGAAACGCUGGUGCUAGGCUCGCCUUCCGCCUCCUACACGGUUAAGGCGAUGACCCUGUCCGAUAUCACACUAUUUACAGUGUUUCCCGUCUCAGCGACGUCAGCCAACUAUGACGUUUUGGCUGGAUUGAUCACCAAACAGAUUAAACCUUUACCUGGUUAUGUGGGUAUUUCAGCCCUAAUACAAGUGGUGGCAGUAACAAAAGGAAGCAACGAGUUCCAGAUGCCAGCAGACCACGAAUUUAGCUCCACCAUCAACAAUGUGUUUUUCGUUGGUAACACGAAGUUCACAGUAGCAGGUGUGACUGGUGCAAAAGUUACGACUAACGUACCGUAUCCGGGUGACACUAUUGCUGCUGCAAGUCCGAAGGUUUACGUCUUUGAUAAUAGACUCCAAACGACAGAGGAUUUGAGAAAACUCGUCAAAGUUGGAGACGAUCUGUGGCUUCCCUCAGUAUCCGCUGAUAUGAACAAGUACACGGUUACUGCCGUCAAUAAGAGAUACCUUGAGGUUAGCGGAGGGUUCACCGAGAGCAUCACGAGAACGCUCGCGUACCAUGUUUCCAAUGGACGGAAGUGGAAUUUAGUGUUCCGCUCGUACGAUGGAAGUCUCGACACUAUCGACGCUAUCCCAGAGCACGAUUGGCGAGGAACCGACGCUCGGAUCGGUACGAGGAGCCCUAAGGCAGUGUCCCCUAAUGUGAUUAGCGUCGGCAAUCCUGCAUCCACACAGACGAUUCAUCUGGAAGUCAGUGAUGUAGCAAUAGCGACGCCAUAUACUUUAAGUUUCGGAGGCGAGACAGUAUUGGUAACCGGGACCACGAACGCAAAGAACAUCCCAUGGGCGACUAUCAACGAUGAUCUGAAAAAUGCACUUGAGACGCUUGACAGUGUCGACGGCGUUAGUGUUGUGUCCACAGUAAAUGGGGGUACUGUAAUCCAUACCGUAUCGUUUUGGGGGACGUACCCGAUGAAGAAGUUGCCGCUACUCGUCGUCACUCCAGCCACAGCCAACCUGAACGCCUAUGUUCAAGGCAAUAAUGCCGUCGCAGUGACCAAGCAAGACAAUCUGAUUCUAGAAAGUAGUCAAGCUUACGCGUUCCGAAUCUUCGCUCUCAACUCCAGAGGAAUCAGCGACUCGGUUUCAGUGUUCGAAGCUCAAACGUCAGCAAGCUCCGUCGUACCCACGCCACCCACAGGGGUAGCUCUCGGUGAAUUCCAUGGAUCGACGUGGCUGUCGUUGAACUACUGGGCUCCAUUUUAUUCCGGAGGAGCACAAGUGAGCAUGUUCCGGAUCGAAUGGGAUUCCUCUCCGAAUUUUGACAGUUCCAGUAAUGAUUAUGGUGUGACGAGUAUCCAAGAAACAUACGAGGUACAGCAAGUGACCACGAGUUAUCGCACGGCAGGCGCUGGAGGCACCUUUGCCCUUUCUUGGGGUGGUCGAAAGACCUCCGCGUUGCCGUUCGAUUGCUCUGAAUCGGAGAUGACCGACGCUCUCGCUAUCAUUACAGGUACCGUAAAUGUCGCUGUCGAUCCUCUGCUGGUGAAGCGAGACAAAGUGGCGUUUGGAUUCACGUGGAAGAUCACUUUUCUGCACAAUAAGGGCGAUUUAGCGCCACUGGCUGCGGAUGGAAGACAGUUGACGGGCGAUUCGCCUCGUAUUAGCGUUAUGGAGCUUGUCCAGGGCUUUAGUGACCUGGCGACGGGAGAUUUCACUCACGAGGUCCAGGACGUGGUUACAGAUGGAGUAUCCCCAAUUACGGGAUCGUUUACGCUGACUUUUAACGGCAAGAAUACGGGGACGAUACUGGUUAGUGCGUCGGCGUUUGAGAUGCAAGCUGUGUUACAGGCGACGACCGCGUCGUACUCUAUCAAGGUCACGAAGACGGCACAAACCGCAGCACUCAAUACAGCCAUAUGGUCCGUCACAUUCGCGUAUCUGCGAGGGGAGGAAAUGGUCGGAGCUGGGAACAUUUUCACAAUGACUGUGGCCAGCUCGCAGCUUAUGGGCACUGAUGCAGUGGUGCGUGUUGCGAAUAAAGUUACGGGGUCCGACCCUUUCCGCUUUACGGUCACAGAUCUUCGCCCCGGUGUAAAGUACUACGCACACGUGAUGGCGUACAAUGCCGACGGCUUCGGGUCUGCUAAUUCGCCACUCGCCAGUGCUGUAACCUGCAGCCAACCGCCAGCUCCUAAGACUGUUACGGCAAGUGUAGUCGAUGGAACGACGUUACAGGUGGACUGGAGCGCAAGUACCGUAGGCGAGCUGUGUAGCGUGGACAAGUACAAGGUCGAUUGGUAUCGAUCCGAAGGAACCCAAGAACAGCAGACCAUUACGACGUCAGCGGGGAAAGGGAUCCCAGAGAUCCAGAGCUUAGUGAAUUUUGCGGAUUCCCAGACACUUGGCGGAUAUUUCAAGCUGUCCUUUGGCGGCGAAGUGACUGAGAACAUCCGAUGGGAUGCACCUGCGACUGGUUUAAAUUCGGUCAAGGAGCGAUUAGAGCGCUUAUCGACAGUCGGAACGGUGGAUGUAUCUAAAGCAGAAUCCAUGCGCGUGAUUGGCGGGUUACUUGUGACUGCUACGUCCACGACCGUCGCAGUUCAUGGGACUGCUACAACUACGAUAGGUGGCUCGAAACUGGCUCAGGGGGAUGUGAUUUGGAUCAAUGGGAAUAAGAGAACCAUUAACGCUGCGGUUGGCGUUACGGACACGACCCUUACUAUCGAUACAGCACUUGACAUUACGGUUCCAGUACCGGUAUAUAAGAGUGCGUACGGAUACGAGUGGACGAUCACGUUCUUAGGUGGGCAUGUCGGACCUCAGGAGCUUAUUCAGGUAUCUCCAAGUGACAGAUGGACAGGGGAUAAAGCAGGUAUCGCUGUGGACUCGGUCCAGAAAGGCCUCCAACCGAUUAGUGGGACAUUUAGAGUAGCAUUUUCCAGUGGAGGAUUGUCCGAUAGUACCCCACCUUUGCCUCAUAAUAUUUCGGCACUUGAUAUGAAGACUGCGCUGGAGAAUCUAGUGACAAUCGGAGCUGUAAACGUGGCGAGAUCGACGAAUGGCUACGGAUUUAACUGGUUGAUUACGUUUGUAUCCGAGUUUAAGAAUGACAUUUCGCUGUUAAGUGUCGACGGAACGGAACUCCAAGGACCUGGUGCCAAAAUACUGGCAGCAAGAACCCUAAACGGCGCUCAGCCUUCGAGGUAUUGCGAACGAAAUGGAGCGACAGAUGUCCCAAUUGAAAUUGGAGUACCAGGACAACUACGCUAUGUUAUCCCUGGGCUAAAGACUGGUGAGAAAUACGCCAUUCGAGUUCGCGCACACAACAGUGAAGGGUAUGGGUACGCUGGGAGUAUUAGGCCUACGUUUCAGAUUCCACGGACGAUCCCUUCUGCCCCUCAAGCUGUUGAGUUGCUCGCUCUAUCCAGUAGACUCGUUAAGCUUCGGUGGGAUGUUCCUAUCAGCAACGGCGGCGCUCCCAUCAGCUCGUAUCAAAUUCAAUGGGCUACGUCUGCGGAUUUCACGAACCCAAUGAGGACAGAUUAUCUCGUAUCAUCGACGGACACAGCGCCAUUCUACUACAAUAUCCCAGUUGCAUCUGCGGGGAAGUAUUACGUUCGAGUGUUUGCAGUGAACAGCCAAGGCGACGGAGCGUUCGCAGUGCCGAGUCCGAGCAGUAUCACGCCUGUGGAUCGCACACCCGGUCGGCCAGAGGAUCCGACUGCCAAGGUGUUGUCAAGUUACGCGAUCUUGGUAGAGUGGAAGCCUUCGUCUACUGAAAAGACGUAUUACGGGGGCGAUGGAGGCCUCCCUAUCACCCAGUAUAUGGUUGAAUGGGACGCCUCUGCAGGGUUUGAUUCUCCUCCAGCGUUCGGCUGUGUGGAUGGGACGAAGCGGUCGUUCAUUAUCGGCGGAGACGAUGCCGUUACUGGAGUUCGGUCGGAGAAGCUAACGGCUGGUUCCACUUACAGUAUUCGGGUUACAGCAUUCAACGCUAAGGGUGCGGGGGCUCCUCGAGUUACCACGCCGGCUUUUGUUACAGUUACAGACCAACCACCGAGCUCGCCGCAGAAUUUAAAGCUGUCGGUAGUAACCUCCAAAUCCGUGAAAGCGGAGUGGAUGAACCCUCUUUAUGAUGGGGGAGCAAGUCUCAAGUCUUAUCUAGUUGAGUGGGACGAGCAGGAUGAUUUCUCCAGUGGUCAGAGCUCCAGCGCUACGAUCCCGAUUAUCCGAGAAAUGCAGUCCGUAACGCUACAGAAUGAUGUUGUGAACGAGGAACAAUUCGUGGAUGCUACAGUCAAAGUGACGAACGAAGAGCAAGUGGUUCGCACGACAUUUACGGGGGUGGAUGAAGUUCAAGUGAUUACCACGACGAAUAGUGUGGUCGUGGACGAGGUUCAAACUGUUGUAACUACAGCUACCGACCGUAACGAGGUACAGGAGUUACGGCUAGAUGGUGACGAUGUGGACGAGGUACAAGCGAUCCGGACGUCUGUCCCGGAAGUUCUUCAGAUCCAAACAAUAAAAGUCGUGGUGCCGCGUACAAGCGAAGUUCAAACCCUAACGUUGACGCUACCGGGGGCGUUUGCAACCCCCGCUACGAGCAUUGGAGGAACGAUCUUCUUGUCGUUUGACAGCAGUAUCUGUACGCAUUGUGUUAAGAAAAUGUACCAGCGAACAAUCAACUUGGUGUCGUCACUUCAGGAUACUACGGCAAGUAGCGCUGCUCUAACUGUAAAGAACGCUCUAAUUGACCUCGCCAACGUCGAUAAGGUCGACGUCACGCGCACGCAGAAUCCGACGGGACCGGACCUUACGUACGUGUACACUAUCGUUUUCUCUGGUUUGGAGGUCGGGGGCAACGUGCCAACACUUGGAAUUGACGCGGCGGUGACGGUCGGAGGCAAUGCCGUCUCGGGGAUCCCCACUCAAGCUGUACAAACAACAGCAGGAAGCGAAUUGGAUUACGCUUCGAGCGCUGUCUUUACAGUGAAAUACACUUGUGAAUCGUAUUCAGAUCCGAACGCUAUCACAACCUUCAGUACUGCGUGCACUCCAGGCGCCUCGGCUCGUAUUUGCGCUGGGUGUGUGACGUCAUUCCUCGGCGGGAUCUUCACAGUAGCGGGAGAUUUAACGGCAGAUACCUACGUAGUUUCUGGAGCGAAGCUGAUCGCGGGGGUAUGUUCGUUUGAAGCGGGAACUGUGACCAAGACCCCGACAUCGACGACCAUAGUUGUUGCUGCGAAUGACGUUGGGCUCUAUUGCAGUGAGUUCUCCGGAAAGACUUUGAAUCUGUACAAAACACCGCAGAUGUCGAGAGAUAUCCCGCUAAAAACGGCAGCGACGACGAUCUCCAGUGCCAGCGUCGUGGAAGGUUUACUGACAGGUGCUAUCGAUUCCGCUACAGUUGCUCCGGAUGCGAUGCAAACGCUAGUGGUUCCGACUCCAGUGUACACUGGGGAUAUUCCUUGGGAUGUUUCGGAAACGGAUCUGAAAAGUAAUCUGGAAAGUAUAACUCAAGGCACUAAAAAGGUUUUUGGAACUGUAACUGUAAAGAGAUCAGUGUAUUCUCCCACGGGGAAUAAAUGGUCGGGUGGGUUCACGUGGCAAAUUACGUUCUCAAACGCUACACACCCAUUGGACCCUUUUGCCAAUAGUCGAGACGGAAACCAAGUGCUGGGAGCCUUGAUGCUCAAGUUCCGAGACGUGACUUCUACUCUUCCGUGUAGAAUUGGUGUGGAUACAUCGCUAGCGUCGUUGGAUGUCAGUGUCCGGGACACUGUAUUGGAGAGCUUCAUCAUCACGAAUCUUAAGAUCCCUACCAUAGAAAUCAUGCGUUCUGCUGCCACCCAAGCGAUAGGCUUCACGUGGACGAUUUCUUUCUCCGACGCGUCUACGGGAGGUGACGUUGGACUGCUGCAGAUUGUAUCCUCUACUCUAACUGGGAAAAAUAUCCGAUUAGGGGUUUACGAAACUGUAAAGGGGAACCAGUUAGGGGGUGAUUUCCAACUCAGCUUUAACGGAGAGACUACUGCCCCUAUCGCCUUUAACGCCGAAGCCUCGGAGGUACAGACGGAGCUGAACAAGUUGGGUACGAUAAAACCGAGUAGUGUGGUCGUGUCUCGAGGAGGUCCCACGUCGACGCAAGUACUUGGGUAUACGUGGUAUGUCACAUUUCGUUCGUCUAAAUGGGUCGACCCUACUAGCGACCAUUCCGGGGGGAUAGACGGGAAUUGGAAGAGCUCGUCGCCAGCGUCAUGGGACGAUGUAUGGGAGUCGGGAUACUCGAAAGCAUGGGGACGUCAUGUAGGCCAUACGUUCCUCGUUAAAUGCAUUACAGAUGGGCUUACGACUACUGCGAGUGAUGGGAGUCAGAACUGUGUACCAAGUGUAUCUACGACUGGAGUCGGGCCCAUUAAAGGAUCGUUUACUGUCUCGAUAGACUCAAGACCUGCGACUUAUUCGCACAUGGCAGUGAACUCCCUUGUGACUAGUGUAAGUAUCGCACACAACGCAUGGGCUACAAAAGAGCAAAGUGGGUACACCGGAACUUCAGUUGAAGAAAUAUUAGAGAAGAUGGACAAUGUGGGGGAUGUCGCUGUUACCAGAGGAGACGUGGUUACAAACACAGGUGGAUACUCGUGGACAGUGACCUUCCUCCGAGAUGCUAGUGAUGCCAGUCAUGCCUGCGAACAACUGGAAGAAGCUGCGGGUUCUCUAUUGUGUAAUGCACCUGGAAAUGUUCCGGAAAUGGUUCCGAUAAGUACGUCACUGACAGGAGCCAGCUCUGUGGCUUCUGUGGUUACAAUCAAAGAUGGAACGAUUUUACGGGGAGAUUUUACGGAUUUUAGAGUGCAGGGAGACGCUGGCGUUGCAGCGAGGUAUUUCGUCAGCCUUGUUGACAUGGAUACUAGCAACACAGGCGCAACGACGUGGCUGGGGCUGUCGAUCCUCUUACCGUGGAAUGCGGACGAAAACCUGGUAGAACGUCAACUCGAAGCAGCUGCUACCAACACCGGACGCCAAGUUAGCGUUAAGCGAACCGAGCACGGUAAAUACGGAGAGAUGUCGUGGCUCGUUCGCUUCAUCUCUAACCCGACCUUUACACCGCCUGGGGCUGGCGAUCUGCCGGAUAUAACAACGACGUUUGCAGCUGAAGCAGGCUCGAGCAAGUAUGACAUGACGGUGACUCAGGUAACACCGGGAUCUAAGGGACUCAGCGGAUCGUUUUUACUGGAUUUCCACUCUUCGUCGUUCGGUCCUCGAGAGAUUUUCUUCGAUGAAGACCCGGAUCGAUUACAACGUAAGUUGAAUGAAAUGGAUACCGUCGGUCGCGUUACGGUAAAGCGCUAUAAGUAUCCGUCUUCAGCUACCGGGUGUACGGAUCCGUCGUGCUCGGGUGGCUGGGACGAUGUUCGAGUUAAGAACCGAGGGACACGAGGUGGUUAUCGCUGGAGAAUUCGGUUUAUGCAGGCGACAGGCGACUAUAAAGGCUUCACGUUCCCUCCAGGUAGUGGGGAUGUGGCGUCGUUAUCGGUAUCACGCUCGGCUUUACAGGGUACUGGGGUAUCGGUCGACGUGUACACAAAUGUUCCCGGUUCUUCGCCGUCAGUGGGGGCGUUUGCGCUCAAUACGUCCGAGAGCCAAACACCUGCUCUUCCUUACUCGUCUUCAGCCGAAGAAAUGAAGCUCGGGAUCGAAGCGAUGGAUUUAUUCGGUGAAGUGGACGUGACGCAAGGAUAUUUGCUGACUCAGAAGAUUCCCGGUGCGACGGCAACGCUAACUCAAGAUGGAGUUACAGCGACGAUAACGGGUGUUGACGAUAUUCGUCAGUACAUCGCUCGUACCGACAUCAUUCGGUUCGGAUCCACUUCGGUUAAUAACUUGGUGGGGACGAAUGGCGAUGCACCGUUUACGGGAUUGAUCGACACGUCACGCGUCAAAGUUACAGCGCGAUCGCCGGUGGUGGUAGCUAACGCGGAGACAACGAGGUUACUCUAUCCGGGGAUGCAGUUACGGAUCGACGGGUUGGUAUACAACGUUCAACGCACAGGCCAUGAAGUCCAAACGCUAACUGCUACAAGGCCUUCGACUACGUGGUCAACAGCGUAUGUUACGAACGCGUUUCAGCUAACAAUGACCCGCGAUGUCUUGGUGUCACGUGUGGGUCCGUCGACGUUCGGAUCUCGGAUAGGGUAUGUGUAUUCUGUGUACUUUACGGGGGAAUCCGUGGCUGGAGAUGUGGCCCCCUUAAAGGUGGACUAUUGCGCAGGGAUCGGUGACGCUACUGUCACUGCCGGCGUCAUCACGCACGGCGGGAAAAUACCGCAGCAACGACUGAUGUUCGCGACGGAUUACGGUCAAGUUGAGGACACGAAAGGCUUUUUCCAGCUUGUGUUAAACUCGCAAAGCUCGGCUUGUAUCAAAUGGGGCGCUCCAGCUAGUGACGUGAAGUUAGCGUUAGAAAAAACGCCCUUAUCUUCUGGAAACGUGGUGGUAACUCGCAGUGGUAAUGGGACGUCACAGACGGAGAUCCAGCGCAUUCGAAUGACUGCAAAUACGGCAGUGACAGCUGUAAAUGGAUUGUUUAGAGUACAGUUCACUCUAAACGGACAGACUUCCGCUACGUCGUGCUUGAAAUAUGGUGUCUCUGCUGAAGGUCUCGAGGUCGCUCUAAACGGCUUGAGCAACUUGGGUACGCUGAAUAAUAUCGAUCACAUUAACGUGACGCGAACUGGAGAUGGAGGGGCCGACUGGGGCUACGGCUACGAGUAUCUAAUCCACUUUCAAGGACCCAUUAGUGGAGGUACGAGUCGUGUACUUGGAGACGUACCGCAGCUUGUGAUUGGUAAUGUUGGCACUGGAGCUUGCUCCAGUGGAGCGCAGGAUGGGAUGUACCCAGCGUUGAUGAUAGAGACAGUACGACAAGGAGCUCCUGGAUUCACGUACGAUAUCUUCUUUAUGGAUUACAAAGCUGCUCCGACUGUCAACUUGAUGUCGCUGAAGAGUAAAGAUAACGGGGAUAACGUGUGCCUCGAUGGGUGGGCUCAAAAAGGUGGUAGUGUUCGUAAAGCAUAUGUGGAGAUGGUUGAGCUUGGAGGGAGCAGUGAAGUGCAGGUGGUGACUGUAAAGGACACGGGUACGGGGUCCUACGCUAUCACGUUUGGAGGGCAGACGUCGCCAUGUCUGCUGUUUACAGCGUCGGCAAAUGACGUUGCUACUGCGAUACAAACUCUAACGGGAAGUGGUGUCGGUGAUAUCCUCGUUUCUCUCGACAAAGAUUUACUCGUCUCCCCCGACCGAGCCAUUUAUCGGAUCACUUUUGUCGGCGAUGCUGUCACGGGAAAGCUCCCGUUACUUGGAGCUGUGCAGAAUAGCGAUACAGCGUGUGCGAAUACGGUCGCGACGACGAAUAUCGUUGUGGAAGGAGCUGUGGAGGGUGGCGGUCCGUCGGGUGAAUUUGCUCUAACUACCGCUUACGACGGAGAGAACCCUAAUUCGCCGCAUACAGCUCACAGUGUUUCGCAGCAAUUUCGCGUCAUGGACGAGCAAUUCGAGAUCCAGCAGCUCGUUGUGUCGAACCCAAGCAACAAUUUCGUGAGUGGAGAAACGUAUACUCUAAAAGUAUUGGGAACCAAUACGAACCCUAUUCCGUGGGAUGUUAGCGAGACUGCGCUCCAGUUAGAGCUUACGAGUACAGCUCGAAUAGCGCUAACUCCAACUGUGGUGGGGGCAAACGACCUCAUAGUAACCAGACGGACGAACGCUGACGUGGCUCCUCAUGGCUUCAUUUACAUGAUUUACUUCAGCGGGUCGUCCGUAACGGGGAAUGUGGCUGCGACUACGGUUGUUGCAGCAACGGGUGCACACAUUGCUCCGUCGAAUAUUGUAGCAUCCACUAUACGCCAAGGUGUAGCUGGAAUCUCAACUCUAACGGCCAACUCUAUCCCUUUAGCGUUACCGGAAGCGUCAAGUACAGCGGCUCGGUAUCUAUCCAGCGCUGUGGAGCAGAAGUUGGAGGUUUACAAAGUCAACGGCUUCCUAUGGAUGAUCAAAUUCAAGUCGUCGUUAGGGAAUAUCCCUAAAUUAGGGAAGCAGACGUCAGGUCUUUUAGGGGGGUCCAUGACUAUCCAGGACGAUUUCGUGUCAGGAUCGGCGUCGAACACGUACGCGAUCUCUAAUCUACUCCCUGGUAUCACGUAUUACGCUCACGUUGCGGCGUGGACGGAUGUUGGCAUCGGCUCGUUCAGUCCUUCAGCCUCCGUCAUACCGAGUAGCAAAGCGUCUGGAGUCCAGAACCUCGCAGCAGGGUACGCUCUAUACGAGCGGGAAGUCCAGGAGAUACGUCUAGCUGCGUCCCACGUGAUGGAAAUCCAAGAGAUUUCGACCACUGCAGCACGUGUAGCAGAAGUUCAGACCUUACGGACAUUUGCUCCUCCAUCGUCCUGUCCAGGCGGUAACUGUAUCCGAGGCAGAAUCGCGUUCCGUGUUCCGACAGUCCAAACCGUGAGGAUCUGGGCGUCUGCAGCGAUUUUAUCUGGCACCUUCACGUUGCUGUUCGAAAGAGAAGUGCAGAAUGGAAACACGGGAACUUUCUCGACCAUUGGAGCCAAAACCGGCGCGAUAUCGUGGAACGCACCAGCUUUUACGGUUAAAACCUCGUUGGCUACUGUGGUGAAUGGAGCGCUUGGAACGAAUGACGUUGUGGUCACACGAGACGGCGACGCGUCGGUGGAUUUUCAGUAUGGAUACGUGUUCCAGAUCACUUUUAUUGGGAAUAAUGUGGCUGGAGAAACCAAGAAAAUUGUGUGCGAUGAUAAGACUUUCAUAGCUACUGGUGGAGCCACUGUACACUGCGAUGUAGCCAUGAACACGGACGUAGCGAUGGGGACAGAUACCGCCGUACAGCAGAUUGUUGUGUCGGCUAAGAAGCCCUUAGCGGUGGGGUCUUAUAAGGUGCAUUUCAACUACUUAGGACUGGAUCAAGUGUCAGGUUGUAUCCCGUUCGAUGCGUCUGCAAAGACGAUGGAAACCAGUCUUGAAGCUAUGCCCAAUAUUGACAACGUGUACGUGACGAGAGAGACUGACGUGGAUGGGUUCGUGUACACCGUAUUUUUCCACGGUAACGGUGUCUACGGGAACACACCGUUGAUGAUAUGGUUGAGUUCGGAUACGGGGUGUACCGCCUUCCAGACGAUGACGAACAAUGCGUUAACUUCUGUCGGGGUAGACGGCAAAGUGGAGAUAAAGAUGCUUGACUGGGGUGGAUUUAAUACCGCCAACACGUUUGUUUAUGCUGCGAACAACCCUAUCACUGGAGAUGCCGAUACUGCGGCUCAACUCACUACUGACCUUAACCGAUUACCGGUUUUUGGGGACGUUCUGGUGUCCCAGUCGAUUGCAGACGAACAAGGUGGAUACAUUUGGACAAUCGUGUUUGAAGACUCGCAAGGGAAUUUACCGCAGUUUAUCUGCGCUGUGGACCCAUCAACUUUUACUGCUACCGGUUCCGGCUGCGAGACGGAUACUCGAACCGAUGGGAACGUACUUAAUAUUAUAAAAACGGCACUAGAAGCGAUGCCUCGGAUGGGUACAGUACAAGUGAAGCGGUCGGAGCCUUCGCCACAGUUUGGGUACACUUGGACAAUCACGUUUCUGGACUACAAAGGCGAUGUGCCAAUGUUACGAGUCACGAGUUUGUUGGUCGGAACGAGCAGUCAGAUUUUGGUACGAGAAGUGCGAAAGGGGAACGCACUAGGGGGGAUGUUCACCCUUACGUACGCUAAUGCAGUGACGACACCUAUUGGCUGGAAUGCUGCGGCGAUGGCAGCUUUCAUCCCGGAUGGCUCCUCGAUGCAGGAGAAACUCGAAGCUCUGGAUGUUGUUGGUAAAGUGAAUGUUGUUCGGACGGGACCUGAUGAAGAAGGAGGGUACACGUGGGUGGUGACGUUCUUGGAUAAUUUCCUAAACUCUGGAGAUGUACCGCUGCUACGAGGGAAUGCGAGUGCUUUAACCGGGGAAGGAGCUGUUGUGUUUACGAAGGAGGUCACGAAAGGUUCGAAUGCGGUUGGAGAUCAGCUGUGGCUGUCGUUCGACCCGCCAGCGACAGAUAAUGGCAGUCCUAUCACUAAGUAUCAGGUGCGAUGGGAUACGUCCGACAAGUUUACAGCGAAUCCGGCGGAUGUUUUCAUCUCGGACGCCGAGAUUCUGUACAGGACGCUGCGGAUAACCACGAGCGCUGCCAGUCUCGCUUGGUCCAAUCACAUGAUCCGACCGGUGGAUGAAGUGCAGAAGCUCAAGAUUCUCACGGUGGGGACGUUCGAGUUGUCAUUCCGCGGUGAAACUACUGCGACGUUGACGGCAGUGGCGGCAGGAACAACAGCAGGCGCUACGACGGUCGCUGGUUUGGAGACGGCACUGGAAACGCUCUCUAGUGUCGGCUCAGUCGAUGUGUCUUCCGCCAAGACUGUGCUGGAAGUGGGGGCGGAAGUCCUGAUCACGUUCACAGCACAGCCAGGCGACCUCCCGCUACUGAAGCCGAGCAGCAGCAAGGCUUCGGUUGAUGAGAUUCAGACUGGGAAGACGAAUUUUCGGAAAGAAGUUGUCGUCUUCUCCUGUACCGCGACAGCAGGUACAGUACGAUUCUCGUAUAAUGGGGAACACGCGGACAGUAUCAGUGUGUCGAGUGCAACGCAGUUGGUGUUGUGUAAGAGUCCGACACCAGACGAUGUCAAGAUUGUGUUCGAUCGGGUGUAUGGAGACAUCACUCUAUCUAUCGACAAGGGGGUUGACGCUGGAGCUAAUGCUCAAAUUGUGUUUAAUACGGAAGCCUCUAUCGACGGCGUGUACAACGACGACCCCGCUCUAACCAUGAGCGGAACUUUCCAGGUGGGCUACCAAGGUCUGUACACGCGUCCUCUCAACGCCGAGUCUAGUGCGGAUCAACUCCGUUACGCACUGGAAGACCUCGACUCUAUCCGAACUGCAAGUGUCAAUAGGGAACUAUCCUACCGACCUGUACCAGGUAAAGUCGACGUGACCGAAGGCGAGAUUUUCGUGACGUGUAGUGCUGGUGAGACUUGCAGCUUUUACUCGGCUGCGUAUGGACUUCCCGGAUACAAGAUUCGAAUUGGUGGAGACUGGUACACUGUUCGUGCAGACUUGAGCUCUCCAGGGUUACACAAGACGCGGUUGUAUCUUGGCGACUUAAAUGGAAGAGAGAUUGGGUAUCUUGGAUCAACGGAUACUGCUGUUUCAGUGUACGAGUGGACGAAGGGAUACGUGUGGACUGUGGAUAUGCUAAGUGUGGCUUCAUUGAGUUAUAUACGAGCGAAGGUGCCGAGACUGUACCCUACCGACUCUACAGUGCGAAUAUCCGGUAGUGGCUGUGACAAAUGCUACUAUCUUCCCACCCAAACAUCCAAGAAACUGACGAUGGGACAGCUCUACUUCGUCGAACCUGGUCAUUCGUGCGCCAACUUUAAUGGCCAAGCGUACCCACUGUACUACUACACGUAUCCACCUCAAGUACUAUCGGGCUCUGCGAUCCAGGUAACCCCGCCAUUCCGUUACGUUAUAUCGAAUCUCGUAUCCAGUAAAACGUACUACGUUCGAGUGGCGGCGGUAAAUUCCGUGCCUGUGCAGCAGAUUGCGCUAAGUGGAGAACCGCCUAACAACCGUCAAUGGAGCUACCACUUAACUGCGAUCACGGCCGAUAAGGCUCCGGAUCCACCGUUGUCAGUCUACCUUAACCCGUUCUCGUCCACGAUGUUAGAGUUACAGAUCCAACCUUCGACUCGAGAUGGAAAAGGGACAGGUGGGACUGCGAUAACUGCGUUUUGGAUCGACGUGGAUACCGUUUCCACGUUUGACUCGGUCGGUAAGCGUGUGCCUGUCGAAGUCCUCGAGAAUAGUGGGAACACCCCAGAGCUUUACAGUGGAGGACCCCGUCUCUAUCUCGUUACGGGGCUUGUAACAGGGACUCGCUAUUUCGCUCAGGUGAAAAGUGUAAACUCUAUCGGUUACAGCCGAGCAAGUAUUGCUCCAAAUCCUCAAACACCUACACGACACCCUAACGUCCCAGUUAACGUUAGAGCGAGUACACUUACCGUCUCGUCAUCUCCGAUUACCGCAGCUACCGUAACGUGGCAGAAACCAGCAGAUGCAGGCGGAUUACCGUUAACGGGCUACAAAGUGGAAUGGUGGCGACCCGUAUCCCGUCCAGAGAUCCAGACAAUCGAACUGAAAUGGACAACACAACCGUCGGCUGCCCCCUUUACUCUUUCGUUUGGAGGGUUAUCGACUGCACCUUUGCCUAUGGAUGUUUCAGCGGCGAAUCUUCGUUUCGCUCUAAUGGGUCUGGCAUCUCUAACUAACGUCCCUAUUGGACACAUCGAGGUUUCCCGCGUGGCUGUUAAUAUCGUCCAAGGCUUUCAGUGGAUUGUGACGUUCUCGAACACCAACCAAAAUGCCGGCAAUCAACCUCUAAUUCAGUACUUGCAAGGUACGAUUACAGCAGGAUCGGGCGUUAGUGGACGGGUGUUCGAAGUCCAGCCUGGAGUUGCUGUACCAGCAACAAAUUCCUUCCCUGGAACUACAGAAGCUCAAGUUCUGGUGACGUAUCAUACGACCCCAGUGGGUGGCUACUUCCGGUUAAGUUACAAAGGCUCUGCGUGGACCAACUAUCUGUCUGCAACGGUUAGUGCUGCGGAUUUGAAGUUAGCGCUAGAGGCGUUGCCGACGAUUGGUGUGGUUACGGUAAACGUAGAGACGAUGCUGCUAAGUGGAGCUGCGUGGUCGAAUGGACGAGUCUGGACGAUCACGUUUGACUCCAAUGUGGGCAAUUUGGCGCCGUUAGUUGUGGAUUCAUCCAGAAUCACCCCCGCCGCUGCGUUCGUAGGCGUUAAAGACGGAGACAACGCCGUGGAUACGACAGGGGUACUGUGUCUACCGGACGGUACAACUGGAUGUCCUGGGUUGUGGCCCGCAGCUGUCAAAACCCUGAAACAACAGGCCGCUCCACUGAAAAGUAUAGCUCAACUUUCAACGCCUGGGGAAUACGACGACGUACACUGUUUCCGGGCUUACACCGGGGAAUGCGUACUCGGUCGCUGUCUCUGCUAG